AUGUGGUCGUGGAGCGAAGAGUCAAGUGAUAAAGUUGAUCAGUUCGACCAAAAAUUGGGGUUUGUUGCCUUUACCAGUGACAUGCAGUUUUUGACGGGCAUAUCGCCGAUUCUGUUUUGGACAGCUUCCUUCCUCUACGACUUUCUCUUCUACUCCUUAGUCUGCACCUUUUGUGUGGUUGUAGUCGUCAUCAACGGUUGGUUGAAGGGAUAUAUUGGGAUGAUGGUUUUGCUGUUCAUUCUGUACUUCUGGUCAUGUGUGCCAUUCGUUUACGCCGUGUCCUUCAUGUUCACUUCACCAUCGAAAGCGAACGUGCUAUUGAUUCUCUGGCAGUUGAUAGCAGCUUUUGCUUCAAUGAUGAUUAUGUAUAUUCUGAAUUCUACUGGAUUGAAGGAACAGACGAUUAUUGGAGCUAUCAGGGUCAUUCUUCUAUGCAUCUUGCCCUCUUUCGCUUUCGGCGACGGUGUGAUUGCAGUAGGUGAAAGUUCAGCCGAUGAGGUUCCGCCAAGCACUAUGUGGGAAUGGAAUAAGCUAGGCAUCUCAAACAAGAUUACUAGACACAUUUGUUUGCAGGAUCGCGAAGACGCGCUAAAAGUUGACGAAAAGGACAGUGCAAAGGCUGAAGAGCGAGUGAGCGUGGACGAGUUCGGCGAUGAUAUGGCGCUGGAAGUGAAAGAUUUAUACAAAACGUAUGGAGAUAUGAGAGCGCUGAAUGGCUUAACUAUGGGUGUUCAUAACAGCGAAUGCUUUGGACUGCUUGGUGCGAAUGGCGCGGGAAAGACUACAACUUUCGACAUUCUCACUGGACAAUCUUUUGCCACAUCUGGGACAGCUCGUAUAGACAAACGAGAUGUGACAGAGCGGAUCAUCCUUGCCCGCAUGCAUGGUUUUCCUGAUCCUGAUGAAGUAACUGAUGUAGUCCUCCGAAACGUUGGCAUGGAGGGGCAUGCCGAUAAGUUGGUGCGAUAUUGCAGUGGAGGGCAGCGACGCAAAAUCAGCGUCGGUCUAGUGCUUCUAGCGCCAGUUCGAUUUAUCAUUCUGGACGAGCCGACAGCUGGAGUCGAUCCAAAGGCGCGCCGUGAAAUUUGGGAGGUAUUGUCGAUCAUACGUGAUAGCUCACACUCAGCCCUUCUACUCACUUCACACAGUAUGGACGAAGUGUGA